UCACACAACGGUCAUAUAACUAAUUAAAGGGUUAGAAGUUCUUUUAGUAGAUUUAGUGUGAUCUUUGAAGAACCAAACAUGACGUCAUCUAUAUAUAUGUUUACAUACACGGAUACACCACAACAACGCUUCUCUUUUCCUUUUACGCUCUCAUUGUCGCUCUCAUUCUCUCUCUCUCUCUCUCUCUAGUUCUUCCUUCUUCCCGUAGCGUGCAUACAACGGUACAGAAAAAAAUCCCUCUUCUCAAAGUUUCGUCUUGUCUUCCAGAGAAUCGAAAGACAAUGGAUAACUCCGAUGAUCCUAGGGUUGUUUCACAGUCCAAACUCGACAUAUUGUUGUAUGUCGCUGCCAUGGUUUACGAUCAAGAGUACGGUCCUCACGACGAUGACAAAUCAAAUACCACUGGCGAAGAAGAAACAGAGAUGGAAGCAAGAAUCUUUGGCGAUAAAGUACCGAGAAAGAACAGAGUUCACCGAUCACCUUCUUCUCGCAAGACGGUAACACCAUGGACACGUGUGAUCGAACAACAAAGAUCGGUACUACAAAACCCUAAUGCAUCAGAAUCGGAACCUUCGUCUUCUUCUUGCGUCACCCUGUUCAAGAACAAUGAUCAGAUUAAUACGGAGGAGAUCAUAAGUCGCAAGAAACUCAGAAUCUUUCAUCCUCUAGAGGCAGAACCCAUUCAAACGAGUCCACCGGAUUGGCUUUUGAAAGUGAUGAGGAGAGAAGAGAAGGGAUACAAUCCGAAGCUGAUCUCAACGAGGAAACUUUACAAGACUGAUCUCGGUAGAAUCCAAGGACGUCUCUCAGUUCCUUACAAGCAAGUUAAAAAUCCAAACUUUUUGACAGAGGAAGAGACAAGGAUCAUAGAUGAACAAGCGAUGAAGCUUCGUAAACAAGGUGUGAGUGUUGAUUUGAUUGAUCCUCAGAUGAAAAAACAUGCCCUUGAAUUGAGGAAGUGGAAGAUGAGUGGAAACUGGAAUUAUGUCUUUGUUGUUGGUUGGAACCAUGUGGUUGCUGCUAAUGGGUUUCAGGUUGAUGACUUCUUUCCUCUCUGGUCUUUCCGAUUUGGAAGUGGUAAACUCUGUUUUGCUCUCGUCCCACCUACGGAAGCUAGCCACGGCGGCGACCUUUAGUGUUUCUACUUCCGGUGAAUGUAUCUAUGGACUGAUCAUGCUCGCCAGAGGGAUCACACGUAGGAUGUACUAGAGGAUCUGCGAUCUCACACUCGGAUAGCUUGAGGAAAGAAGAAAGAGAAUCGAGACUGAAGAAUCAAGAUCCGAUCGAUUCCUCUUCCGAUAGUAACAAGGUGAAGUCAGCUGAUGGACCUAAGCCCAACAAGAUGGUUUGGCGGCCCAAGAAGACAGAAUCGAGUCCAGCAGCUGCAAAGCCCACCAAGGAGAUAGCAAG